AUUGUAAACUUAUACGGAAUGCAGGAGUUUAUAAUGGGUGUUUGCCUAUAUACAGUUUUCGAUAUACUCCUUUCUACUAAAAAGUUGAUUUUAGUUGCUUGGCGAUAUUACUCACCUAUAAUCAUCGACUUUGCCCUUAAGGAGGAGCAAGAAAGAGUGCGUAGGAAUAGCGAGAGGGAUAAGCAAGAUAAAGAAAAGAGUAAGUGUCAAUAUAUUGUUGAUUUUUCGUAUAGAAAACGAUUAGUCAUGGAUGCCUUCAAGAAUUUUCUCAAAAAGAAGAAAGUCGAAAAGCACUUCAAAAAAACUGGCCCAGGUCAGAAACUCGAUUCCGGUUCAAGUGCACCUGCUCCAAGUAUCACUGCCGGUGCUGCCCAAGGUGGCGGAAUUGAUCGCAUUGCUGCUUCCGAUAUUGCUGCUCAAGCCGCUCUCAAAAGACUUUACAAAGAACCCCCCAAAAUAAGCAGUAGUCAGAAGAAAAUCCAAAUGAUUGCUCAACGUGAAUUAGAGGAGGAGCGACGUCGUCGGGACCCAAACUAUGCCAUGGCACAGUUGGGCUUACAGGAAAAGAGGUAG